GUCGCACUAUAGAGUGCGACAUCGCAAAAAAGUUGACCAAGUUUGAAGAUUUGUAGCGCGCGACGAGCGAUUUACUGCGAUCCUAUCUAUAGAUGCGAUGUCGUUAUAAACAAAGAGGAUCUCUUUGGUUAUAAAUAAACGUGCAACGACAUCGAUCCGAGAGUGAUAUUGUCAUUAAAUUAUAAAAUUGCAAUAAAUGGUAAAUAUGCAAUAAAUGAUGUUAGGUUUCGUAAUCGCGCAUCGCGUUUAUAUGAAUAGGUAGAAAAUCCUAUUCUCGCGAUUCGUCGCAUAUCGCGUGUCGCGUCAUCGCGCUGGUGUUACUGAGACUGAGAGAGAGAGAGAGAGAGAGAGAGAGAUUGCGGUGGAACGAGUUAAACAGUAUUUAGAUCAUGUGCCGACUGAAAAUACAAUGGGCACUAAUCAACCUUACGCGUGGCCUAGUCAAAGUGUUGUGGAAUUAAAAAAGUUGUUUUGAUGUACAGGAACCAUUUAGUGCCAUCGUUGAAAGAGAUAACAUUCGUUACUCGACCAGCGGAAAAAAUAGACGUCGUUGGUCGCACCGGUGCUGGAAAAAGUUCGUUACUAGCUUCGUUGUUUAGACUGACAGAGAUCAGUUCUGGGAGUAUAUUAAUCGACAACGUGAAUAUUCAAACGUUACAACUGAACACAUUAAGAUCCCGUUUAGCAAUUAUACCUCAGAAUCCGUUUCUUUUCUCGGGUACUAAUCGAGAGAAUGUGGAUCCGUUGGAUCAGUAUACCUAUAUGCACAUACAUAUAUACAAAACCUUCGAGAAAUGUAAAGUGCAUUCUUUAGUUCAUCGAAUGGAUGGUUUGGAUGCAGUCUUGGAUGAAGGUGGUAGUAAUCUCAGCACUGGGCAGAGACAAUUGUUCUGCUUAGUCAGAGCUGUGCUACACAAUGCGAAGGUACUUCUUAUCUGUAAUAUUCAAGAAAGCAAUUGUUCCUGUAUUAAUGACUUGAUAUUUAUUUAUCUCUGUGAAAUUAGUCUUUUUUUCUUACUUUCUCAUUUGCUUUGCUUUUGAAUAAAAAAUUCUUAAGUACCUCAAAUUGAAAAAUUAUCUUCGUAAAUCCAAUGUUUAAUUAUGGGUUCUAUGUAAUCCCUCAUGGAUUCUAACAAUUAUUAUUAAGAAACUAGAACUAAGAGUGUAAACAUUUUCUGCAAUUCUUCUGAAGAUAAAUAUUUCAAAAUUAAUUUAAAUAAUUUUUUUUAAUUUGCAUUUUUUUACAUAAUGGGAAAUGUCGUUAAGUUAUAAUCUUUUAGGUAUUCAAAUUUUUAAAAAUUUUUGUAAUUAUCAUGUGAUAAAUAUAAAACACAAGACGAUACACAUUAAUUGUUCAGUUAAUAGGAAUUUUAAGAAAAACAUGUAUUAUAUGUAUA